AUGAGGCUCCAGCUGGAGAAGCAGCUCCUCUUCCUCUCCCUCCUCUGCAUCCUCUCCAAGGUGUGCGCCCAGCUGUGCCGGAGACCUUGCUACUGCCCCUGGGUGCCCCCCCGCUGCCCCCGCGGGUCCCCCCUGGUCCUGGAUGGCUGCGGCUGCUGCAAGAUCUGCGCCCGGCGCCUGGGAGAGCCCUGCGACUUCCUGCACGUCUGCGACCAGAGCCAGGGCCUCGUGUGUGACUACAGCGCAGCACCCAUGGGGAGAGGCACCUGCAACUUUGAAGACAUCGAGGAGGGCUGCGAGGUGAACGGCCGGGUCUAUCGGGAUGGGGAGGUUUUCCAGCCCAGCUGCAAGCUCCAGUGCCGCUGCCUGGAUGGGGGCUUCACCUGCAUCCCACUGUGCCAGGAGGAUGUCCGGCUGCCCACCCCAGACUGCCCCUACCCACGGCGAGUGGAAGUGCCAGGGAAGUGCUGCCCUGAGUGGAUCUGUGAAGCUCGGGACCAGCAUCUUCCCCUCCAGGAUGCUGGAGCAGCCUCCCGGGCAGUGUCCCCACUGCUGCCAUACCCGUGCCAGGAGUGGGGCACGGAGUGGAGCGCCUGCUCAGCCACCUGCGGCAUGGGCUUUUCUACCCGUGUCUCCAACCAGAACCGCUACUGCAGGCUGGAGACUCAGAGGCGGCUCUGCAUGGCCAGACCCUGCCCGGCUCUGCCGGCAGCAUCCUCGGUGGUCCAGCGAGAAACUGACGUGCGGAGGAAGGACUUUACAACCAAUCGGACAAUAAAGGCUGUAAAGGAGGAAUGUUUAUUCAGUCUGGGCUGCACGGGGGUAUCCCACCCGUAG